UUUUGGUUGUGAACAUGCAGGGAUUCAUCGACUGUCACUGUCACAUCUCUGCGCAGGACUUCGACCAGGACUUAGAGGAAGUGGUGGAGAACUCCAAGAAGGCUGGAGUGUUGGCGCUGCUGGCCGUCGCAGAGCAUGCUGGGGAAUUUGAAAAGAUCAUCUCCUUGUCUCAGAGGUUUCCAGGAUUUAUUUUCCCCUGCUUAGGAGUUCACCCGGUUCAGGAGGUUUCCCCGGGGGAGCAGAGAGGAGCUUCUCUUCAGGAUCUCGAUGCAGCUCUACCCAUCAUAGAGAAAUACAAAGACCACCUAGUGGCUAUCGGGGAGGUUGGUUUGGAUUUCACACCCAGAUAUAUCAAAAGUGAGACGGAUAAAGACGCUCAAAGGCAGGUCCUCAUCCGUCAGGCGCAGCUAGCCAAGGAGCUGGACCUCCCUCUAAAUGUUCACUCGCGGUCGGCAGGACGACCAACCAUCCAUCUCCUGAAAGAACAAGGGGUCGAAAAAGCCCUGCUCCAUGCUUUCGAUGGGAAACCGUCUGUUGCCAUGGAGGGAGUGAAGGCUGGCUAUUUCUUCUCUAUCCCACCCUCCAUUAUUCGGAGUGAACAGAAGCAGAAACUUGUGAAACAGUUGCCGUUAGAGAACAUCUGUCUGGAAACGGAUUCACCUGCUCUGGGUCCUGAGAAGCAGGUGAGGAAUGAGCCCAAAAACAUUUCUGUUUGCGCCGAGUACAUCAGCAGAAUUAAAGGCGUGUCUCUGGAGAGGGUGAUGGAGGUGACCACGCAGAACGCUCUCCAUCUCUUCCCCAAGCUGAAGGCGGCCAUCAGACCCUGAAGCAGCCUUUUAACGGUUAAUUUCACCGGCCUAGAAUUUAUUUAAUUAUAAACCCGCAGCUUUCUGUUAUCAUCACCAUCUAUUCAAGUAACAUAACGAGGACGUCAGGUUGAACCUAGAAGCCCUGAAGUGUAAACAACUCAACACACCAGCCAUUGAUUCCUGAAAUUCUUGAAUAAAUAAAGAUAUGACAACUAUUUUAA